AUGUGGAAUGAGAUUGACGCAGAAGCCAACGCGAGGAUAGAAGCUAUGCGAGAAACCUUCAGGGAAAAGGCGAGAGCCAUUAAGGAGCAGACAGAAGCUCAGAUUAACUCGCUUCCUGAAGAAGUGGCGCAAAUGCCUGUGGAGGAGUAUCUGAAGCAGAAGAAGCUAUCGCUUGAGGAACUCCUGAUUAUUCAACAGAUCAGCGCAAAGCAGUGA